AUGGGCGGAAAAAGCAGCACACCUCCUCUCCCAGAAAUGGUUACCAUUGCAGUAAUUGAUAUAAAUUGCUUUAGAAUAAGCAAGCAGGUAAAUCUAAAUUGACAAUUUUCUGCACUAGUUAAAACCUUAUCUUUGGAAUACAAUUUAGAUGGCGGGGACUUAACUAUUAUGUAUCGAGGUCAAAUUAUAUAUUUAAUUGCAUAUAUUUUGAUUCCCUUUGGUUUGCCAAGAAUAUUUAACUAGCAUAAGCCUUAUAUACACCACCAUUUAUCAGGCUAAAAUAAAUUAGAGUUAUCCAGCCUAACAAUGACUUCAACAGCUUAUCAUAUCAAAUUUUGCAAAUAAAAGCUAUGAUCUUAAAACUUUAGAAUUUUCAGAAAAUUCAGAAAUCUAUAUACAGCAUCCCAGAAAGCAAAGCCAACUCGAGAUUAUUUCCAUAAUGAUCAUUGACACAGAAGAACGAUCACAAGCUGUUUCUGUAUAUUCAAAAUGCCUUUAUAAAGAUUUAUGUAUGCAUAUUGAAUGAAAAUAUGGGAAAGUGCUCAGGCUGUUGGCUGUGUAUUAUCGGACAAAGCUUCUUAAUUACGAUAAGUGCAAAGAUAAGAAAAUCAGUGAAAUAAGUACAAAUGGAAUGCAAAACGGUGAUUCAUUGAGAAUUAUGAAACAGUAUAAUGGCGGGCCAGAUAAAGAAAAUGUGUUUUGCAAUUAA